UCUUGCCUGUCUGUGCCUGUUAUCUGUAUCUGUGAUCUGUUUACCUGAAUCCUGUUUUUGUACAUGCCUGUUGUUGACCUGUGCCUGUUUGUGGAUUUUGCCUGUAUUACCGCCUGCCCUGAUCACUUUGCCUGUUUUUGGAUUACGUUUGUUGAAUUUGCCCCUUGGAUAUGCUUGCUGGCCCUUUUGGGAUUUUACUAAUAAAUACAUUUUAGCACAUGGAUUCACCUCUCACUCGCUUUCAUUAAAGCAGCCCUGUUACAGGGUCACAAAUGGCUAAGAUCUGAAUGCACUGCUAUGUCAGUUUGAAAUAAAGUUCCUGCUAAAUGUGUAAAUGUAUUGUCAACUUAACAUAAAAUUUUAGCGUUUUUAAGUUGACUUCAGCAUUUUCUAAAAAUAAAUGAGUCACAUGACAGGAUAUCAUUUUGAUUGGCACAACUGAAUCUGUUUUAAGAACAGGCCAGCAUGAACAAUGUGAUAGUUGAGAAGCUCAGGCUGUCACUGGAUCAACAAGAUGAGAAAUUAUUUUGUUAUUUUUCUGCUUUUAUUAGAUCUAUCAAACUGCUUUGCACAGUCAGAAGGAAACUUUCUGAUGUAUAGCGUGCAUUAUAACAAAUGCAUGACAAACAACCUGGAGCAACUUUCUGUCUGUGACCCACACGCUGACUCACAACAGUUUCGCUGGAUUUCAAAGGAUCGCAUUUUAAACAUUUACACAAAGAAAUGCCUUGGUGUUGGUAGUAAGACUGUGGGUAAAAAGCUGGAGUGGUUAAUAUGUGAAGAUGAUAAUGUUUUGCAGAUGUGGGAAUGCCGGAGCGAUUUAUUGCUUCAACUAAAGAAUGAAUCUCUGUAUCUUUCUGUAAAUGAUAAUGGUGUGCCACUCAUCUCUGAAGACACUGAAACAAAGAGUCAAUGGACAAUUCAGGGUACACAGAACAACAUUUGCUCUCGGCCUUAUGAAGAAUUAUACACAAUUUAUGGAAAUGCACAUGGGCGCCCAUGCCACUUUCCUUUCAAAUAUCAGGAUAAAUGGUAUGCAGAUUGUACCAAUAUUAAUUCCAAUAAUCCAUGGUGUGCAGUUGAGUCUGACUACAGUGUUAGCGAGAUUUGGGGCAACUGCCCAACACAUGAGAUUAACACUAGACUUUGGGUGAAAAAUCCUCUAACAAACUUCUAUUAUCAACUGAAUGAUGAGUCAGAUCUGACAUGGCAUGAAGCAAACAAGAGCUGCCAGCAGCAGGGUGCAGAGCUCCUGAGUGUUUCUGAGCCUUAUGAAUACAUCUUUGUUUCAGGAAUGAUUGUGAAGAGACGAAGUUUUCUGUGGACAGGACUUAACAAAGUAGAUGAGUUCAGUGGGCAGCAGAGGACAAAUGGAAACCCAGGAACAAAACCAGAUGACAUUUGUGGUGCCCUGUUAACCUCUUCAGGUUUAGAAAUGAUAGACAGACCUUGUUCAGAAAAGCAUGGAUACAUCUGCCAAAAAGGCCGCUCUGUCCCCACUGCUCCACCUGCAACUUCCAUGAAAAGUUUCUGCAUAAAGAUUUAGCCAGUGAAGAACUGGAAUUCAUUGCCUCAGAGCCUUGCCAUUAUAUCAAAUAAGAUAAUCGACAAACAAAAAGGAAAGUAAAUAGUAGAAGUAUCCAGUAUGUGCAGCACAUGAUUUUUACCAUUAAGCUUGUAAUCUGCAACAUU